AUGGCACCUAAAGUUGGCAUUAAUGGCUUCGGUCGUAUUGGCCGAAUUGUAUUGCGCAACGCAUUGGAGACAGGCACUGUCGAUGUCGUUGCAGUGAAUGACCCAUUCAUCGACCCUGACUACGCUUAUGAUACCGUUCACGGCACUUUCAAGGGCAGCGUGAAAACCGAUGGUCAAAGCUUGAUCGUCAACGACAAGACCAUCCGAUUCUUCACCGAGAAGAAUCCUGCCGACAUCCCCUGGGGCAAGGCUGGUGCCGAGUACGUCGUGGAAUCUACAGGCGUGUUCACUACGAAAGAAAAGGCUUCAGCACACUUGAAAGGUGGUGCUAAGAAGGUCAUUAUCUCUGCACCAUCUGCCGAUGCUCCCAUGUAUGUCAUGGGCGUGAAUGAGGAGAAGUACAAUGGUGCCGACGUUAUCUCUAACGCAUCGUGUACAACAAACUGCCUUGCGCCUCUGGCCAAAGUUCUCCAUGACAAGUACACCAUUGUCGAGGGCUUGAUGACUGCCAUUCACGCUUACACUGCAACUCAAAAGCUUGUCGACGGGCCAUCUAACAAGGAUUGGCGUGGUGGCCGCGCAGCAGCUCAAAACCUGAUUCCAAGCUCCACCGGAGCGGCGAAGGCAGUUGGUAAAGUAAUUCCCGAUCUUGCAGGCAAGGUCACUGGCAUGUCCGUUCGGGUUCCCACUGCCAAUGUGUCCCUGGUCGAUUUUACCUGCCGUCUGGGAUCGGAUGUCUCAUAUGAAGAGAUCAAAACUACCAUCAAGGCAGCUGCCGAUGGUCCUCUCAAAGACGACAUCGUAUCAUCAGACAUCAAGACUGAUUCUCAUUCCUCUACAUUCGAUGCGAAGGCUGGCAUUGCCUUGAAUGAUAGGUUUGUCAAGGUUCUGUCCUGGUAUGAUAACGAGUGGGGUUAUAGCAGACGUGUGGUGGAUCUUCUUGCCUAUGUGGCCCAGAAAGAUUCGAGCGGCUAG